AUGGACAGUAAGAGGAAAGAAACCGACAAAGCAGAAGACCUCACUACUACUGAGAGGAGGUGUACAUUCGGCUUGAGAGAUUUUAAAGGUAGAAUCGUACCCUCCACCCUCACCGACAAACAAAUCGAUACGGCCAGACCGACGGACAUCUCAAACAAGACAGCACGUAUUUCCACUAAUGAUUGGGCACUAGCAGCCUUUGUCGAGAGGUUGAGACGCUGUCCUGGAAGUGUCGCGGAGCCGAACUAUGAUGAACGAAUUAUUAGACGAGACUUGAAACGACAAAUAGCCGAGAAAGGGAGUGGUAUUCAAGAAGUACAAAGUUUAAGUCGAAGGUCACAUAGUGCGAUGGUUAAAUCUAUGGUCAUUGAUACAGAGAUCAUGGAUUUUAUAUUGGAAACAGAGGAGGGAAAGAAAGAGGUCGAGAGAUUACGAGCAUUCUUUGCUCAAAGACUAAAGUUUGCGGAACGUUAA